UAUAAACGUAACAUCAGUUGGACACAAAUGACGCCGCAGUCGUGGAGCCACUCGCUUCAGCACACAGCCGGAGGAGAGGUGUGUUGGGCUCAAAAGAAGCGUGCGCGAGGAAGCGUGACGUCACACCCAGCAUGGCGGUCAAGGUGCAGUCCAUUAAACGAGCCAACCCGAAUGAACUUAAAGAAAUAUUCCUGAAGCAUGCAAGUGUGGUGGAUAAGGAUGGGGAGCAUUACAUGACUCCUAAAGACUUUGUGCAGAAUUAUCUGGGACUCCACACUCAGCCUACCCACAAUCCAAAAACCGUACAACUCAUUGCUGGGGUUGCAGACACCACUAAAGAUGGACUGAUCUCUUUCCAGGAGUUUCUGGCCUUUGAAUCAGUGCUCUGUGUGCCCGAUGCCCUCUUCCUAGUUGCUUUUCAGUUAUUUGACAAGACUGGAUCUGGGGAUAUAUCUUUUGAAAAUGUACGGGACAUCUUCAGCCAGACAACUGUUCACCAUCAUAUCCCCUUUAAGUGGGACUGUGAAUUUAUCCACCUGCACUUUGGACAGAACUUCAAAAAGCACCUCAGCUACUUAGAGUUCACCCAGUUCCUACAGGAGCUGCAGUUGGAGCAUGCCCGGCAGGCCUUUGCUAUAAAGGACAAGGGGAAGACUGGGAUGAUUUCAGCCUUAGACUUCAGUGACAUCAUGUCCACCAUCCGUCAUCACGUGCUUACUCCUUUUGUUGAGGAGAACCUUGUCUCAGUUGUGGGAGGAGGCACUACUCACAUGGUUAGCUUCUCCUUCUUUAAUGCUUUCAACUCCCUCCUCAACAAUAUGGAGAUCAUUCGGAAAAUCUACAGCACAUUAGCUGGCACGCGCAAGGACAUACUCGUCACCAAAGAGGAAUUUGUUAAUGCUGCCAAUAAAUUUGGUCAGAUCACACCGCUGGAGGUAGACAUCCUGUACCAGCUCGCUGGCCUCCACACUCACUCAGGAUGGCUGAACCUGGCUGAUAUUGAGAGGAUAGCUCCUCUGGAAGAAGGCGCUCUGCCUUAUCACCUAGCUGAAGUGCAGAGGCAGCAUACAGACAUCUCGAGGCCGGUCUGGCUCCAGGCUGCUGAGUCUGCGUACCGCUUCACUUUGGGCUCCAUCGCGGGAGCCACGGGUGCCACGGCUGUGUACCCCAUUGAUCUGGUGAAGACACGAAUGCAGAACCAGAGAUCCACCGGCUCCUUUGUGGGAGAGCUCAUGUAUAAGAACAGCUUCGACUGUGCCAAGAAAGUGCUCCGAUAUGAGGGAUUCUUUGGUUUCUACAGAGGUCUGUUACCACAGCUGAUCGGAGUGGCUCCCGAGAAGGCUAUCAAACUCACUGUCAAUGACUUUGUGAGGGAUAAAUUCACUGAUAAAGAUGACACCAUUCCACUGGCUGCAGAAGUACUGGCAGGAGGCUGUGCCGGAGGCUCUCAGGUGAUCUUCACCAACCCUCUAGAGAUAGUGAAGAUCCGUCUGCAGGUGGCAGGUGAGAUCACAACUGGACCACGUGUCGGUGCUCUCACCGUGAUGCAAGAGCUCGGAUUCUUUGGCCUCUACAAGGGAGCAAAGGCCUGCUUCCUGAGAGAUAUUCCUUUCUCUGCCAUCUACUUCCCUGUGUACGCUCAUGCCAAGACAGAGCUAACAGAUGAGGAGGGCAGACUGGGGGCACUACAGCUUCUCAUCGCUGGAGCUAUCGCAGGUGUCCCUGCUGCCUCUCUGGUGACUCCUGCUGAUGUGAUCAAAACACGUCUGCAGGUAGCAGCCCGCGCAGGCCAGACCACAUACAACGGCAUGAUCGACUGCUUUAGGAAAAUUCUCAGAGAAGAAGGCUUCAAAGCAUUUUGGAAGGGAGCAGGAGCACGUGUGUGUAGGUCCUCCCCUCAGUUUGGUGUUACACUGGUCACUUAUGAGCUCCUACAGAGAUGGUUCUACAUUGAUUUUGGAGGACACCGUCCUGCAGGAUCAGAGCCGACACUGAAGUCACGCAUCUCCGAGCUUCCUCCCCUGAAUGCAGAGCACAUUGGAGGUUACCGAUUGGCUGCUGCUACGUUUGCAGGUGUAGAAAGCAAGUUCGGUUUGCAUCUCCCCAAGUUCAAAUCAUCAGGCACUGUAACAAUAAAGGCAGCUCCCACAGAGCACACAGCUGUGGACUCGUAGAGCUCCAUUCAGCUCCACGCAAAGGCAAUAUCAACCAUCAGGUGACAUUCAGUUUCUGUCUGUGGCCUCUUUGUCCAAACUCAAACCAUGCCAUGUAGACACACUGACACGCUUCUGCAUUUCACCAACAGAAGUUGUUCUGAUUCCCCAUCCUCCUGCAUGAAUAUUUAUUACACUAUUUAUUUAUUACUCCCUGUGUGGCUUGCGUAAUGAUAACUUGCUGCUGUAGUCAAAACAGAGGGAUGUACGUACUGGAAAAUCUAACGGGGUGUAUUUCAAUUCUUAUGGAAAUCAGGAAUAAUGUUUGGAAAAAUAAUGCAUUUUAAGUAUUUUAUUGAAAUAAAACGUAAUGGUUUAUUUAAAA